UCGGUCGCGUUAGAGAUUCUCUGGGGAAAACGGCAAAAUGUGUCGCCAGAACCCUAAUUAAACCCCUCCGAAACCAAAACAGCUUUUCUCCCCUGAAGCGCGCUCUGUCGAGCUCCAUGGUGAACUCUGGUUCUUGGGUCUCGCAUAUCGAGGCAUUCGUCGACGUCACUCGCCCCGCGGAGCAACAGAAAGCUGGCGUUGCUGCUGUUGCUGGUCUAGUGAAGGAUGACCUAAUAACUCUGGAGGCAUUGGUUAAAGAAAUGGAAUUGUACCUGACAACUACGGAUGAUACCAUCCGGGCACGAGGUAUACUUUUUCUGGCUGAAGUUCUCAUACAUCUUUUGGGCAAAGCCUUGGACAGUCUUACAAUUAGUAGUCUGGCGGGAUUUUUCUCAUCAAGGCUGGCAGACUGGAGAUCAUUGCGUGGGGCUCUUACUGGUUGCUUGGCACUUCUAAAGAGGAAGAGUGAUGUUAGUAUGCUUGUUGACGGUGAUGCUAGGACCCUUGCUCAAUCAAUGAUGGAUAAUGUACAAGUGCAGUUGCUAGCAAUGCAUGAUCGUAAGUUAUGCUUUGAAGUUUUUCAGUUCUUGCUGGAUACCUACUCCGACUCCGUAGUAUCUUUGGGUGAUGAUUUUGUUUAUGGAUUAAUUCAAGCGGUUGAUCAAGAAAAGGAUCCAAGGUGUUUGGUACAUACGUUUCGUUUAGCUCAUAGUCUUGGCAAAUUAUUUCUAUCACAAGUGGGUUCAGCACAUGUUGCUCCGGAUCUUUUUGAAGUUUUAAGCUGCUAUUUUCCCAUAUAUUUCACCCAUAAAAUAGCAGAUGAUUUUGAAGUUAGAAGGGAAGACCUCUCUGAUGCCCUACUGGAUGCCUUCUGUUCAACUCCAUAUUUUGAACCAUUUGCCAUUCCGUUGCUUCUUGAUAAACUUUCUUCUUCUCUUCCAUUAGCAAAGAUUGAAUCUUUGAAGUAUCUGAACAAAUGUUUGCCAAUCUUUGGAGCUGAAAGGAUGACGCAGCAUGCCCUGAAAAUUUGGUUUGCACUAAAAGAAGUUAUCCUCAGUCCGCCUCAAGCUGAAAUAUUAUCAUCAACAAAUUUCAAUUUGGGUGGAGAUACCAACUCCCAUGAGCACAAGAUUGCUAGUGAAGCUUUAAUUUUUUUGAAAACAACUAUUUUGCAAUUUACUUGUUCUAAUAAUGAUGAUUUUUUGACUCUGAUUAUGGAUGAUAAUGAUGUUGAAAGAAGUUUUUGUUCUGUCACCAUGGAGGGAAGCUAUACUGAUAAUUCAGCUACAAAUUACUUUCAGCUAAAUGCUCUUGGUAGUAUCUUAUUUGUUAUGGCAAAUUCUUCCAUUUUUUGCUGCAAUAAAGUGUUUCAGGAAUUUUUCCCACGUUUGAUGGUUAUUCUUGGAAUAAAUUCGAGAAAGUCUAAACAUUCUGCUGAUUCCAUUGUUGAAAAAGUUUCCCAAAAGUUGAACUACGGGGCACUUUAUUUGUGUGCUGAACUGCUUGCGUCAAGCAGAGAUUUGAUAGCCACAGUCUGGGAGUCAUCCAUGCAGAUGGAUUCAUUGCAAGGUUGCUGGUGUCAUUUGAUUCAAGAGUUCUCUGGUCCCUUAACUUCUGUUUUUAAAUCAGUUUUGAUGAUUCCCAAGGAAAACACUGCUGAUGGUGGAAACUCUAACUCCAUGCAUGAAUUAGUUCUGUGCAGUGUGAAGGGGUUGCAAGCCCUUGCAACAUAUGCAGGGAAAUACACACCUGUAACCAAGAAAUCAUUUGAAGACAUCUUAGAAGUUUUUAUAUUAAUUAUCAUUGGCAGAUCUGAAAAUUCGUUCUUAUGGAAAUUAUCAUUGAAGUCACUAGUUCAGAUUGGAUCUUCCAUUGCAAGGUUUAAAGAUUCUCAUAUGCAAAUUGUUUAUGAUGAAAUUGUUGUUAGAAGGCUUGUUUUGCUUCUUCAUGGAGAUCCUAUGUUACCUCUUGCGUUAACACUCGAGGCAAUCUCCGAAAUUGGUACUUGUGCACCGGAUUUAAUUUCACCAGUAAUUCAAGGGCUUGAAGAAGCUAUGCUUUCAAACUUUUUGAGGGCUUGUGUUGAUGGAAGUUCUAAAUCUGCCAAGGAUUUAUCUCUUUUGCUUGAUUGUUACUGCAUUAAGGUUCUUCCAUGGUGUCAUGACUCUGGAGGCAUUGAACAACCUGGGGUGCAUUUUGUUAUCAAUAUAUUAGAAGAGAUGGAAAAUAUUGCUGCUUUUAAGAUGGAGCCUGAAAUGCAGGAUCUACUGGAUAAAAUGAUGAUGACAGUGAAACUUGUUGUUAGUGGCUGUGCAGUGAGCAACCAGUAUAGAGUUCUAGAAAAGGCAUAUAAUAUUAUGCUAGAAUCUACCAACUUUCCAUCAGAGUCUCUCUUAUCUUCUUGCAGUAUAUUGGAAGGGUUGCAUUUUAAUCAACAUUUAUAUGAAUUAACAAGUAGAAAUAAAUGGCUUCUGUAUUUUCUUGCAUCGACUGUGACAGCUCUUCAUCAGCAGACACCGCUAACUAAUGCUGCAAAACUGCUGAAUCUUCUGUUAGUUUUUACACUAAAAGGCCAUCUUCCUGCAGCUCAAGCCUUGGCCUCUUUGGUUAACAAGUUAUCAUUAGAUGUUGACAGACUGAGAUCCUCAAAUACUUAUAUCCCUGCAGAAACUAUCGAGAUGAUUCUGGACACUUUUUGCAGUGUACUCAGCAAUAACUUUCAAAACAGACUUCUUAUUCUUAACAGCAAUGAUGGAGAUUCCUUGCAUUUUUAUUUAAACUUACAAAUCAAUGCUUUGUUCGGGAUGGCAUGGUUUGGGAAAGCCCUACUAAUGCGGGGAGAUGGUCGAGUUAAAGACAUAGCAAUGGCUAUUAUGAAGUGUUUGCUUUCAAGUCAAAACACUAUUCCAUCAUCUUACCAGGAUGUGCAUCUUGUUGCAAGAUCAGCAGCAGAUGCUUUCCAUUUGAUUUUGAGUGACUCCGAUGUUUGCCUGAAUAAAAAUUUCCAUGCAAUUAUAAGACCUCUUUAUAAGCAAAGGUUCUUCUCGAGCAUGCUGCCUGUUUUGCACUCAGUCAUUAAGGAAUGUAAUUCAUCAAGAACAAAAGCUUUACUUUACCGAGCUUUUGGUCAUACUAUUUCUGGGAUGCCAUUGACCGUUCUAAUUGCAGAUGCAAACAAGGUCUUGCCAUUGUUAUUGGAUAGUUUAUCUGUUUUAGAUCCUGAUAUUCUCAACAAAGAUCUGAUAUAUAGCCUGCUUUUAGUGCUGUCUGGGUUUCUUGUUGAUGAGAAAGGAAAGGAAGAUAUCAUAGGUUAUGUUCAUGUGGUCGUAAAUCACCUGAUUAAGUUGUUGUCUUACCCUCACAUGAUGCUUGUACGAGAAACAGCAAUUGAAUGUCUUACAGCUAUGACCAGUUUUCCUUAUACAAGGAUCUACCCGUUAAGAACGCAGCUUUAUCAGGAGCUCUUGAUGAUAAGAAAAGAAUUGUUCGUCAGGAGGCUGCUAAAUGCUGUCACGCUUGGGCCUCGAUGGCUUCAAGAUCGCUUCGUUUCUGAAGUAAAAAGAGUUGUGUACUGCCCAGGGAAGUUUGCUCAGUGUGCCUCAUUCUCAAGCUUUUACACCAGAAAAGUUUCUUCGUUGGUAGGAUGCACCUGUAAAAUUUUCAUGUCUGAAAAAAAUUGGCCUCUUUUGUUCAUACGGUGUAAAUUUGAUCAGGAUUAGCAUGUUGCUAUUUUCAUUGAUUACAUAAAAACAAGAUUUUAUAGUAUUCUAGCUGGUUUCUGAGGUUUAAUUUUUGUCCCUUACUCUUAACCGGGCUCAGCUCAUGAGUGCAUUGGUGCUUUUCUGCAUUUCUUCAUUUCUGGUAUACUUAAAAAGUUAAGAAGUGAUGUGCUUUUAUUAGUCUGAAGCAUGUAAAAAUCCAUACAAGUACUCUUUAUAUUUUAUUGUUUUGCUGUAUUUGACCUGAACAUUAGCGUCUCCUUGAUUGUUUUGGUGGGGGAAAGAGAUUAUACUUAAUCUGGGCGUUACCUGGUUCAAU